CGCGCUCAGACUGGGCAGAAGCCGAACGUGUGAAGAAAUGGCAACAAACUGGCAAAGAUGAGUCACGAUGGGAAGUUUUCAUACCAGUCUGGCUCAGUGUACAACGAACUGCAUCUCACAAAAGGAAUUAGCGAUGCAAUCAUCACAGUUGGCGAUGCAGAAUUUCACAUCCAUAAGAUCAUUCUUUGCAACUGCAGCCCGUACUUUGGAGCCCUCUUUCUACGUUGGUCAACCCCAGACCAGAGGGUCUAUGCCAUACGUGGUCUGACAGCUCACUUAAUGCAGCUCAUUGUUGAUUUUGCAUACACCGGCUCUGUGUCAGUGACAGAGGACAAUGUAAAGGACUUGUUGAUAGCAGCCGAUGAGUUCAAUAUGAUAGCCAUUGUUCAAACCUGCUGCACGUUUCUAACAGAGCAGCUCUGCCCAGAGAACUGCAUCGGCAUCUGGCAGUUCACAAAGAACUGUUACACCCCAGAGCUGCAGCUCAAGGCCUACCAAUUCAUCCUAUACCACUUUGAGGAUGUUGCAAACUCUGAUGAGCUGCGGACACUCUCUAUGCAGGACUUCUGCGACAUCCUCGACAGAGACGACCUAAUAGUAAAAAAGGAAAACACCGUUUAUGAGGCCAUCCUACGCUGGGUUGCACAAGCCCCUUGGGAGCGAGGCAGAAACCUGGCACUCCUUCUGGCUCGAGUGCGUCUAGCGCUGACGAGUGAGGAGUACAUCACCAUCAACGUGUUGACCAAUCACCUAGUGCAGAACAGCAGCAAAUGCUUGGACAUGGUUGCUUUUGCUGGCCGAGUGAUUCGUCACAUGACAACACACUCUGUGUCCGGAUAUUGCAAUGUCAUCGCCCGUCCUCGCCUGCCUUCUGCCAUUCUCUUGGCGAUUGGAGGCUGGAGUGGCGCAAAUCCGACACAAUGCAUUGAGGCCUACGACGUGCACGCCAACUGCUGGGUCAGUCUUUUAGAUGAUAUGGAUCAGCCCCGUGCAUACUGCGGUGCCGCCUUUCUCAAUGACUGCGUCUACUGUCUGGGGGGAUUUGACGGCACGGAACAUUACAACACUGUCAGCCGCUUUGACCUAAACACGCGUGCUUGGCAGGAAGUGGCGCCCAUGCACUAUCGCCGCUGCUACGUGAGUGUAACUGUGCUAAACGGAUGCAUAUACGCAAUCGGAGGCCAUGAUGGACGAGUACGACUAAAGACUGCAGAAUACUACACGCCUGAAACCAACCAGUGGACUCUUAUUUCCAGCAUGAACGAACUGAGGAGUGACGCCAGCUGCACAGCCCUCAACGACAAGCUUUACAUUUGUGGUGGAUUUAAUGGAAACGAGUCCCUGCAAACAGCAGAAUGUUACAGCCCAGAAACCAACCAGUGGAUAUCAAUAGCCCAUAUGAGCUGCCGCCGCAGUGGGAUUGGCAUUGUUGGGUAUGCCGGCCAUGUAUAUGCGGUUGGAGGUUUUGAUGGCGAAGACCGCCUGGCAAGCACUGAAGCCUACGACCCUGAGACGGACACAUGGAUUAGUUUGCCUUCUAUGCAAUGCCCCAGAAGCAACUUUGGCAUUGAAGUAGUUGAGGAUUGUCUCUUUGUGGCUGGGGGGUACAACGGUAUCUCCACGACCAACCUUGUGGAGUACUACGACCUAAAAACUGGUACAUGGUCUCCAGCCAAUGACAUGGGGCUCUCCCGCAGUGCUUUGAGCUGCUGUGUCAUGUCUGGACUACCCAACAUUUCCCAGUAUACAAUGCUUCGUAAUGACCUGCCGCUGCUCUUCUUGGAAGACGACUCAAUAGACAUGGAGGAUGACAUCUAAACCCUGGAGUGGGUUUUUUGUGUGUGUUACCCAACUACAAAAAAUAAUCUGAAAAACAAAUGUGCAUUUUCUUGUUUUCUCUUAAAAUGUAAGAAACUAUUAUGAGGCUUUACUGAGAACAAUGAGAUAUACUGCUAAACA